CUCUUCUGGAACAAUUUGGAGCAGGACUAGAACAACCUGGAGCAACUUUUAGAAUUUUGUGAAAUUUCAAAAGUAGGGUGCUAACUUCACACGGGUGUGCGACGUUCGUCCUGCGCGCCGGUUCUCCUAACCUAUAAAUCGCCCGACUCGGCGCUGCCGCAGGGAAGCUACAGUGAGAAGAGAGACGACCAAGAGGACGGGAUACGCUGAGUGACCCGGGGAUUUUGGACAGACCGGAGACGGACCAGCGUGUCGACAUCCACGGACCCCGAGUUAACGCUCGACUCUCGGCCUCAGGCAUGUCCAGGGGGAUGUACUACGGCAGCUGCAUCAGAAGAUAUCUGAUGCAACGGAAAUGCACAGAUCCACGGUGGCUGCGAGCAUGCCGUGCGUUCCACGGGACGACACCCGUGGCCUCGCACGCGUCGCCGAUCAACGCGAGCGCGGCCGAGCGGACGGUCGCGGAGCAGAAGCGGUCGAGGAAUAUCGGGGACGGACCCUCCCUGCGGGACUUCUUGCGCCCGGCUGUUGUCGAUGUUCCCCACGAAGAGCCUGUCCCGUACGUACAGGGUAUCCGUGGCGCGGAUCAGAAAGUGUACUUUGAGAUUUACGGCUGUCAGAUGAAUGUAAACGACGCCGAUGUGAUAUGGUCGGUGCUGAAGUCGCACGGCUACAAGCACACGAAGUGCCUGGACGACGCGGACAUCGUAUUGCUCGUCACGUGCUCCAUCAGGGACAACGCCGAACAGAAGGUGUGGAACAAAUUGCAGAACUUGAAUGGCGUGAGGAGGCGGAGAGAAAGGAUGGCUGGAAGGCCCAUGAAGAUUGGUCUCUUAGGAUGCAUGGCCGAACGCCUGAAGACGAAGAUAUUGGACAGAGGGAAGCUCGUGGAUGUAAUAGCGGGUCCUGAUAGUUACAAGGAUUUGCCGAGACUUCUGGCGGCAACGGACGACGAAGCGGCCAUUAAUGUUAUGUUAUCGUUUGACGAGACGUACGCAGACGUCAUGCCAGUUAGACUCAAUCAGGACUCCACCAGCGCAUACAUCUCUAUAAUGAGAGGUUGCGACAACAUGUGCACUUUCUGUAUCGUACCGUUUACGAGAGGGAGAGAGAGGUCACGGCCGAUCGCGAGCAUACUUGACGAGGUCCGGCAAUUGUCGGAUCAAGGCGUGAAGGAGAUAACUCUCCUGGGACAGAACGUGAAUAGUUACAGAGAUCUAUCGAGAUCGGAGUUCGUCCCAGCUAACACGGAGACCCGUCAUGCUAAAGGUUUCAAAACGGUUUACAAGAACAAGAUAGGCGGUUUAAGGUUUAGCGAUCUCUUGGACAAAGUCUCUUUAAUCGAUCCGGAAAUAAGGAUAAGAUUUACGUCGGCUCAUCCCAAGGAUUUUCCCGAUGAGGUGUUGCACUUGAUAGCCGAAAGACCGAAUAUCUGUAAACAGAUUAACUUGCCCGCUCAGAGCGGCAACUCCUCGGUUCUAGAGAGAAUGCGAAGAGGAUACACCAGAGAGGCGUAUUUAGACUUGGUGUAUCACAUACGCGAUAUCCUACCAAAUAUAUACUUGUCCAGCGAUUUUAUUGCCGGGUUCUGUGGCGAGACCGAGAAGGAGUUUCAAGAUACAUUGUCGCUAAUAGAGGAAGUUAAAUACAACAACGCGUAUUUAUUCGCGUACAGCAUGCGCGAGAGAACUGCAGCACAUAGACGUUACGAGGACGACGUUGAAUCGCACAUAAAAAUAGAACGUACGAGUCGCAUGAUUGCGUUAUAUAGAAAAGAGGUAGACAAAUUAAAUAAAGCACAGAUAGGGCAACAUCAACUCGUACUCGUGGAAGGCGCGAGCAGGAGAUCUGAUAAAAAAUUCCAAGCUAGGAACGACGGUAAUACGAAAGUUUUGCUACCGUCUACAGUUAUUCCCGUCGCUCGACACUCCAAUGCAACGAGGGAGAUACAGACUGGCGAUUAUGUCAUCGUGCAAAUUGUUAACGCCAAUUCUCAGACCUUGCAAGCAGUGCCUUUAUAUCAUUCUUCAAUCACUGAACAUUUAUCGAGCAAACAAUGAUUGUUAUAUUAUCGUUGUAUUAAUUAGUAAAAAUUAUACAAACUAUUA